AUGAAGGCCGUGGUGUUGCUCCUGUCGAUCUCGUUGCUGGCCGCCCUGUGCCCGGCAACCCCGUUGGAGAAGCUCGACAAGAUGAGCGUCCUCGAGCAGCAGUCCGUGACGCUAACGGAUCGGGCCAAGUACGAGGAGGAGCUUCUAAGGAAGCUCAACUCCAAGUGCUCGCAAAACGACAUGAGCAGUUGCGUGAUGCUCAAGCUGGUCACGUACAUGAACAAGCUGCUGAAGAAGGCGUCGAUCAAGUUGACCGACGACAUCGAGAUCAGAAAAACGAGCCAAGCAUCCGAGGAAGUGAUCACGUUCGAGGCAGGGAGGAGCAAAGACGAUGAAUCCGAGGUCCUCGACCUCGUCGCCAACAAGGUGUACGCGUUCGUCAAGUCGAGGAGCAUCAAAUGGAGGAUCCUGCCCGAGGACGAUGUUGUAGUUUCCGCCUCCGAGGACGAGAGCGGGUCCUUCAACCUCGGACUGUCCAUCGAGAGGGCGGAUAACGUUCCCGUACAAGAUGGUCGUGGCAAGAAGAACAACAACAUGGGCCCGUUGAUCGCAGCUGCUGUGCUGAAGAUCGGUCUGAUCGGAGGUCUCGCCUUCAAAGCGCUCGCGCUAUUGGUCGGGAAAGCGUUGCUCCUCUCGAAGAUCGCUCUGUUGCUGGCCGGUAUAAUAGGCCUGAAGAAGCUGUUCUCCCAGCAGAAACACGUGACGUACGAGGUGGUCGCCCAUCCUCAUCACAGCUCCAGUCACACGUUCAGCUCGGACCACGGCCACGGCGACAGCUACUCGAGCGGUUGGGCCAGAAGUUUCCACGGCCCCCAGGAGCCUAUUUCCGGUGUUCAGGGUGACGCCGCCCACGAGCUGGCCUACUCGGCGCACACGAAGUAA